GCCACCCAGAACUACUCGGCCAACCUGGAUUAUUAUACGGGUUCUAGUUCUGUGUUGCCGCCGUACGACAACCCGUUUAACCACACAGACAUCAUUUGUGAAAAAAGUCACACCCGUCAGUUUGCUCAAACUUUCCUGCCAGCAUUUUUCUGGAUUGUAUUCUCCAUCGGCACAGUGGGUAAUGCCUUAGUCAUCCUCGUCUACUGCAAAUACAGAUACAGGAAGAGCAUCACUGACAGAUACCUGCUGCACCUGGCCAUUGCUGAUCUGCUCUUUGUUUUCACUCUCCCUUUCUGGGCAAUAGCAGCUUCACAUGGCUGGAUCUUUAAGAACGUCAUGUGUAAAAUUGUCAAUAGCAUGUACAAGAUCAACUUCUACAGUUGUAUGUUAUUUCUAACAUGCAUUAGUUUUGACAGGUACAUUACAAUUGUCCAGGCCAUGAAAGCUAAGAACUCUAAGCGAAAAAGGCUUCUGCGCAGUAAACUAGUUUGCUUUGGUGUUUGGCUGAUUGCAAUAGGCUUAUGCAUCCCAGAAAUAGUAUACAGUGAAUCUAAGCAAGUUAGUAAUACAACUACUUGCAAGAUGGUAUACCCUACCACAGUGACCCGAACCAUCAAAGUUACUGUCCUAGCUUUGAAAAUCACAAUAGGAUUCCUCCUUCCUCUCUUCGUCAUGGUUACCUGUUAUGCUUUUAUAAUUCAUACCCUCCUUCAAGCCAAAAGAUCCCAAAAGCACAAAUCAUUAAAGAUCAUCAUCAUUAUUAUCACAGCUUUCCUCCUCUCCCAGUUGCCCUACAACAGCAUUUUGCUGGUCAAA